AUGUCUCCUUCUACCCCCAUAGCCUGGCAGGUGCCCGUCUGGGCUGCUCAGGACGCGGAAGAGACCGACGAGGUCGACGACGAGCCUCCCGAAGCACCACCCCACGCAUCCAGCCCUCAGAAGUUCACCCGCACCGCCGUCAGGCGUCCCAGCGAGCAGACCUCUCUCCUCACAAAGGCCAUCAUGGGCUACCCCGACCAGGUCCAGGUCCACCUGUCGGCCCCUCGCGACGAGUUCCCCUCGGCCUUCCACACGGCCAGGCGCCGCUCCAUGGCCAGCAACGUCAGCCUCGCCUCUACCGCCGACCUCACCAGCGACACCGGCAUGACCAGCCCGGCGCGCACCAACACCCCUAGCCCGCCCAUCCCUGAAUCUGUCGUCUCGCGCCUCAGCGGCGUGCGCAUCCAGUCCGAGAAGACUGGGUCCGUCACCUCCUACCCCGCCAGCGCCAGGACCGGGACCAGCCUGCAGCGUUCCCCGGAGCUGCAGCAGAAGGCUGCCGAUGCCCCUCGCAAGCGCUCCAUCCAGUUCACCUGCACCGGCAAGCCUGCUGCUGCCGCCGAGAAGCCCGCCGCUCGCCUGCCUGCUGUUGCUUCUCCCCGGACCAACGUGCAGCUCCCGCAGCCGCAGCCGCAGCCGCCGCAGCCGGCCGCCCGUCGCCCGUGCAUCAAGUUUGCCUGUCCGGCCCGGCCGGCCUCUACCCAGAACACCCCUCCUGCCGCCCGCCCUACCACGCCUCGGUCCUCGUCCAGGACUCCCAGGAAGCCCGAGUCCCCCUCUACUCCCAGGAGGUACUCAGCCGUCGCUGUGGGGUCCGCAAACCCCGGAAGCCCGAGCGUCGCCAGGAGGUCGUCGAGCAGGCCUCCCCUCUCCCGUCCCAAGUUCCUCCGCGCCAACUCCAAUGACCUUGUCCUCGACGGCUCGCAGUUCCACGAGUUUGCCCGUGAGCGGUCCCGCGAAGAUGACUGGAUCCGUCAGGAUAGCGUCGCCGCCAAGGGGAAGCUGACCAUCGACGACACCCUCGUCAAGGAGAACCGCAUCCGCCGUCUGGGGAGGGAGGCCGAAGAGGAGGCCGAGCUUGAGGAAGACGACGACGAUGACAACAUCGAGGACGAGGACGACGACGUCGACAAUCAGGAUGACAACGACAACGACGAAGAAGAUGAGGAGGACGAAGACGAGGACGACGAGGACGAGGACGAGAACGAGGACGACCUCGACGACGCCCUCUCCGACGGCUACCACACCGACGAGGAGACGGGAUUCGCCGAAUCGGACGAGUCGGACGGGGGAGAGGAUGACAACCUGGUUCUCUGGACUCUGAGCAAGAGCCCUGCUGCCGCCGCCGCCGCCGCUGCCGCCGCCGCCAAGACCGCCGCUUCUGGCGAGGCCACCGCCGACGGCGCGACCACCACCGGCCUCGGCAGGCAGCCCUUCCUGCGCGACCAGCAGCCGCACUCGGACUCGUCGACCAUGACGGCCGCCGACUCGAGCCGGCGCCGCUCCAACAUGCAGCGCAUCAAGCCGCAGCCCGAGGCCCCCGACCUGCCCGACAGCACCGACUUCGUCUGCGGCACCUUGGACGAGGACCGACCCCUCGAGGAGGCUUACCUGACAUGCAUGGCGGCCCGUCGUAACGAGAAGCUCCGCAUCAUCCCGCAGGACAUCGACCCCAGCUUCCCCGCCUCGGACCCGGAGGACGACGAGGAUGAGGACAUCUACAACCCGGUGCACCACGACAGCGACGACGACGACUUCUUCCCCGGCAAGAUGGAGGACCUGCACCACGAGCAGGACCACCACCGGUCUACGCGCCGCCGUCGCAAGAGCGGAUUGGUCUCCCCCACCAGCAGGAAAUACUAUCACUCCCCCGCACCCAAUAAACAGCUGCGCGAGAGGUCGCCCCGUGGCUCUGCCGUCGCUAUAUCUACCGUCGAGGCAGAGCAGCAGCAGCAGCAGCAGCAGCAGCAGCGAAAGCCCACACCCCCUCCCCCCGCGCCCAGCCGUAGAGCUAGGUCACCCCCUCCCCCUACCAAGACGAAGCAGGCCGGCAAGCAGGGCGGUGCAGCCCUCCUGCCGAAGAAGUCUCCCCGUCCGACGAAGCUGGGAUUCAACCUGGCCGUCCCCGCCCCCCACGCCGGCCUCACGGCCACCAAGUCACUCCCCCGCGCUGGCGUCACGUUCGGCCAGGGAGGCAAGCAGCACAGCCGCGGGACCAGGCGGGUCCAGAAGGACGACGUGCACCUCCGCGGGGCCAUCGACAUCGUCAAGGGCCUCGAGAAGAAGAGGCAACGCCGCCGGGAGAAGUUCUACCAGAAGUACUGCAACCGCGCCAGGCGGGGCCAGAUUCCCGAGCGCAAGACGCAGCCUGGUAGGGGUGCCGAGAGGAUGAAGGAGCUCGGUCUGCUCAUGGCGGGGAAGAAGGAUCAGGGCAAUUAUGUCAUGUCUAUCUAA